AUGAAAAAACCGACACCUUCACCCUUAGAGCCUAUUGCCAUCGUGGGCAGCGGCUUGCGCUUCCCAGGCGGCGCCAACUCGCCAUCUUCCUUGUGGAAUCUGCUGCAGAAACCCCGUGAUCUGCGUCAAGAGAUUGGCCCAAACCGAUUUAGCACAGAGGGCUUUUAUCACCAUGACGGCACCCGGCUGGGAAAGUCGAAUGUCCGCCAUUCGUACUUGUUGGAUGAGGACGUGCGAGUGUUUGACGCGCCUUUCUUCAACAUUAGCCCCAACGAGGCCGAGGCCAUUGACCCCCAGCAGCGGAUGCUUUUGGAAACUGUUUAUGAAGCCCUCGAGGCUGGUGGGCAUCCUCUUGAAAAGCUUCGCGGGUCGGAUACUUCGGUCUAUGUAGGAACUAUGACUGUCGACUAUCAUGACACUCUUGUACGGGACCACAACACCAUCCCCAAAUACUUUGCCACGGGCAUCAAUAGAGCUAUUAUUUCCAACAGAGUGUCCUACUUUUUCGACUGGCAUGGCCCCAGCAUGACAAUAGACACGGCGUGCUCGUCGAGCCUGAUUGCUGUGCACCAGGGUGUCCAGUCGCUACGCAGCGGCGAGUCUCAGGUCUCCGUGGCGUGCGGCACGCAGGUGCUCCUCGGAUACGACAUGUACAUUGGCGAAAGUAAUCUGAAGAUGCUCUCGCCCAACGGCCGCUCUCGCAUGUGGGACGCCGACGCCGAUGGCUACGCGCGAGGUGAGGGUGUGGCGGCGAUUGUCAUGAAGCGCCUCAGCGACGCCAUUGCAGACGGCGACAAUAUCGAAUGCAUCAUCCGUGAGACAGGCGCUAACCAGGACGGCUUCUCCAACGGCAUCACCGUGCCCAGCUCGCAAGCCCAGGCCGCCCUCAUUCGCCAGACGUACAACAAGGCCGGGCUGGAUCCUGAGAAGAACGAGGAGGAUCGCCCACAGUAUUUUGAGGCUCACGGCACAGGUACUCAAGCGGGAGAUCCAAGAGAGGCCGCAGCCAUCUCCGAGUUAUUUGGCCGACACAACAAUGACAGUACGCCGCCUCUGUAUGUGGGCUCUAUCAAGACCAUCAUCGGUCACCUGGAGGGUGCUGCAGGCCUCGCAGGCUUGUUGAAAGCUUCGAGCAGUCUUCAGCAAGGCAUGAUUGCCCCUAACCUGUCCUUUGGGCGCUUGAACCCCAAGAUUGAGCCAUUCUACCACGGGCUGGAAGUGCCCACGAGUCUGAAGUCAUGGCCGACGCUUCCAGAGGGCGUGCCUCGACGUGCCAGCGUUAACAGUUUUGGUUUCGGAGGUGCCAACGCUCAUGCUAUCUUGGAGCAGUACAUUGCUCCUCCUACUGCUACUACUACAAACUAUAGCCAAGAUACAACAUUACCAUGCUUUGUUCCGUUUGUCUUUUCAGCGCUUUCGGAAACAUCUCUGGUUGCCCUGCUUAAGCGAUAUUCGCAAUAUCUCGCCAAAGACUCUCAAGAUAUCAACCUCUCUAGCUUGGCCUGGACUCUUCACUCGCGCAAGAGUCAGCUGUCUACUAGAGUUGCCUUCUCUGCUACUACCGCAGAGCAGCUGAAGGCCAAGAUUGACAGCAACCUUGCCACUACCAAGCAAAGCAAUGCGGCUCCCAUUGGCACCCGCCACAGGGGCAAGUCAGCCGCCCCCAACGUCCUUGGUGUCUUCACCGGCCAAGGCGCACAGUGGCCAGCCAUGGGAGCCGAGCUGAUUCGAUCUUCGAGCUUUGCUAGCCAGCGCAUACAAGAGCUGGAAGACUCUCUGGCAGCGCUACCGCCUGCAGACCGCCCGACAUGGAGCCUGCGAGAAGAGCUUCUAGCUGGCGCAGACACGUCUCGCCUCUCUGAAGCCGCGCUCUCGCAGCCCCUGUGCACCGCUGUGCAGAUUGUCCUGGUUGAUCUGCUAAAGACGGCUGGUGUCACAUUUACAGCAGUCGUUGGCCACUCUUCUGGUGAAAUUGCGGCUGCGUACGCCGCAGGCUUCCUUUCCGCUACGGAUGCCGUCCGUGUAGCUUACUACCGCGGCCUGUAUGCGCGCCUAUCUGGCAACGCAAGCAACAAUCAAAAGGGCGCCAUGAUGGCCGUCGGAGCAUCGUGGGAGGAGGCGCAGGAACUCGUCUCUUCUCCCGCGUUCCAAGGACGCAUCGCCAUUGCUGCGCACAAUUCGUCAGCCAGCGUGACGCUGUCGGGAGACGCAGAUGCCAUUGGCGAGUUGAAGCAGCUACUUGACGAACAGAAGAAGUUUGCUCGUCUGCUAAAAGUAGACACGGCAUAUCACUCUCACCAUAUGCUUAGCUGUGGUGAUGCCUACGUUGCUGCGCUGCGACGCUGCGGCGUCCGUGUCAACAACCCUAACCCUGGCGCAUGCAAGUGGUAUUCCAGCGUGCGUCCCAGCGGGAAGCCAGUAGUGGCUGACGAGGAAGAGCUACAGGAUGAGUACUGGCGUGACAAUAUGACGAGCGCCGUCUUGUUUGCAGAUGCCGUCAAGAAUGCCACAUCGAGCCACGAGCAGCUCGACAUCGCCCUCGAGGUUGGACCGCACCCUGCACUUAAAGGUCCGGCUACUCAGAACAUAAGAGAUGUUCGCCCAACACCGCUCCCCUAUGCGGGAUUGCUGAGUCGUGGAAGUAAUGAUGUUGAAGCGUUUGCAGAGGCGCUGGGAUUCAUUUGGACGCUGCUAGGAGCCAAGGCGUUAGAUCUGGCCGCGUUUGGGAAAGCAGUCAGCAGCAGCGAGGCACAGCAGGAUUGUAAGUUGAUUGUUGGCCUACCGUCGUAUCCAUGGGACCAUGAACGGGUUCACUGGGUGGAAUCUCGUCGGUCCAAGAAAGUCAGAAGCAUGAAGCAGGUUCCCCAUGAGCUACUUGGUACGCUGUCUCCUGAGUCGAAUGCCCUGGACAUGCGAUGGACCAACAUCCUCCGAGCGUCGGAGAUUUCAUGGAUGCAGCAUCACCAGCUUCAGGGCAUCACCGUGUUCCCAGCCGCGGGCUAUGUUGCUAUGGCUGUUGAAACCUGUCGCAGCCUUGCCAGGGAUAAACAGGUGGAACUCUAUGAGCUGCACAAUCUUGCCAUCCCUAGAGCUAUUACGUUUGAAGAGGGAGACACGUCAGGCGUAGAGAUCAUGGUAUCGCUUACAGGCAUUAAGAAUGAUGAAGAACAAGACACUAUUACAGCCAACGUCUCCAUCUACUCUACUCCCAUUGUCAACAACACCAAGUCGUCUAAUCACGACAUGGAGCUGGUGGCCAGCGCAAGCGUCAAGAUACUGCUGGGCCAGCCUCACGUUGCUGCUCUUCCUGGUGUUGAAGCUGCUGCACCUCAAAACAAUUUGACAGAGGUGGACUCGGACCGCGUCUAUUCCAUGUUUGCCGAGCUUGGGUACGGAUACACUGGUCCGUUCCGGGGCCUAUCUUCGACGCGGCGCAAGCUCGGCCAUGCUGCUGCGCUGGUCGACGCAUACGCUUAUUCAAAUGAUGAGUCUACUUUCUAUCUGGUGCAUCCCAGCAUGCUCGAUGUCGCCAUCCAGUCAUCGAUGCUGGCGUAUGCGUCUCCCAACGACCAGCGUCUGUGGUCGCUGCAUGUGCCGACCAAGAUUGGCAUGAUUCGCGUCAAUCCCGAGAUAUGCCAUGCACUUUCGACUGGUGGCGCUACUGUGCCCAUUUAUACCACGCUCAGUAACGAUGCAGACGACUUCUCUGCAAGCAUUGACAUCUUUGGCCAAGAUGGCCAGCACGGCAUGAUUCAGGUGCAAGAUUUGGUCUUGAAGCCAUUUGCGCCGGCUACAGAGGGCGAAGACCGCUGGAUGUAUUCGUCUACUCACCUGGGCGUUGCUACCCCCGACGCUGCUGCCUUGGUGAAGAAUGCAGUGCCAGCAGAGUCCGACGAGGUUCUGACAAGAUGCCGAGCAGUGCUGGCAGGACUUGUCAAGCAAAUCACGUAUAGGUAUCCGCAUGCUAGGAUUCUAGAGAUUGACGCUGCUGCUGGCGGUGUUACUGACCUUAUUCUUGACGCCGUAUCUUCCCAUGGUGGCACUGUGCCUGCGUACACGUACACGGGGCCAUCCGCAGAUACAUUACAGACGGCAGAAGAGCAAUUCAAAGCAUACAGAGACAACCUGAUAUUCAAAGUGUUGGAUCUGGAGCAAGACCUAUCAACCCAAGGCUUCGAACGCCAGUCAUAUGACAUUAUUGUGGCAUCCAAUGCUCAGGAUACAGCUCAAGCAACCAUUCAAACAGCUUUGGAAGACAUUAGAACCCUCGUUAAGCCGGGAGGCUAUCUUGUCUUGCUUGCCCCGACGAACAGUCCAUCCACUGACACUCCCAACACCAUGUCACCCGUUGUAUGGCACUCAAAGCUUCGACAAGCUGGUUUCAGUGGCAUUGAUACUAUGGCUCCUCCUCCCAAGGCCAACAAGCCCUUUACCGUCAUGGCUACUCAAGCAGUAGACGACCAAAUCCGCUUCCUCCAGCGCCCACUGUCAUCUCCUUGGUCUCACGUCCAUAUCGAAAGCCUCGUCAUCCUUGGAACCGGAAGCCUCGAGAGCGUCCGCAUUGCCGAGCAAGUUUCCGAGAUGCUGCACCGCUUCUGUGGCAAAAUCACCAUCCUGGACACUCUUCCCACCGAAGAGGACGCGUCUACUCUGGACCCAUCAAGCACCUUUGUGAACUUUGUGGAUUUGGAUGCGCCCAUUUUCAAGGACAUGACGCAGGACAAGAUGCAGGGACUCAAGCAGGUCUUUGAGCUGGCCAGACAUGUUCUCUGGCUCACGUGUGGCGCGCACGUUGGCCAUGAGCCGUAUCAAGCUGCCAGUCUUGCCUUUUGCCGCUCUCUAGCCCAUGAAGUGACACAUGCUAGUGUGGCCACGCUUGACGUCUUGGAGAUGGAUGAUGGUCUCCCCAAGAUUAUCGCGGAGCAGCUUCUGCGCCAGUGCGCGCUCGACGAGUGGGACGGCGAUGGCCAGCAGCGUUUGUGGUCCAAGGAGCCCGAGAUGUGCCUGCGUGAUGGCAAGCUUCAUAUUCUGCGCAUUCUGCCCAACCUCGACAAGAAUGCGAGACUGAAUGCUGGUCGACGUGCCAUUUCCAAGAUUUUGCCGGCACUGGCAUCGGACGUUUCCAUUGUUUGUGACGCAGCUGAUGCUUCCAUGCCGUACCUUGUACAAGAUGUUUUGCCUCCAACUGUACGCGGUGACAAUAAGGAACUUGUCACGAUGACAUCCUCCAGCUUGGCAGCCAUUGCUGUGGCGCCGGAUACGGCCCUCUUUGUGGGCAUUGGCAGCAGUACAGACGCAGAAGACACGCUGAGAGUUACUUUGUCACCCGCCAAUUCUCGCACAACAGCUACUAUCGCGUCUGUUGUAGUACCAAACAAUAUCACGAACAAGGAUGCGUUCCUGGCCGCCGUCGUCAGCGAGCUACUGGCCACAUCUACAGUGGAGGCAUUGACACCGCGAAGCAGUCUCCUAGUCCACUGCACCACGAGAGACCGUUUCUUCGCUGAGGCCUUGUCUCGACGUGCUGCCAGCAUGAAUGUUUCUGUUACAUUUUUCUGCACAGCUGCUGCUGAAGAUCAAAAAGAACAGAUUGCCGCUUUACCCUCGUGGAUUAUGCUGAGCCCGCGUGCCCCGAGAUAUAUAAUUCGGCGAAAGCUACAGCUAGUGAAGCCAACGCACUUUCUGGACAUGACGCCAACAUUACAUGCACAAGAGGCAGCAGCAAUAUCUGGUGUCAGCCUGAAUAUUGUCCAGGUUCUACCCCAGGAGUGCAAGCUGAUUCCAUGUGGUCAUCUCGCGCAGCCCCAGGCGUCACUUUCUCAAUCCCUCGAUCCAACAGCUAUUUCGAAAAGGCUGCAGGAUGCUGUCAGCUCCGCAACUGCGUCAACCAUGGAAUUGGCAAUGGCACAAAGCCAAGGAAAUGUUCUCCAGCUGGACCAAAUUCAUGAGCCGUCCGUGCCUCACCAUGCAACAAGUGUCGUUCAUUGGCCAGCAGCUGGAACUGUUGAAGUGCGCGUCCGUCCCAUGACUGGCAAGAUGCUCUUUGCCAAAGGCAAGACUUACAUUCUCUUUGGUCUGAGUGGCCAAGUUGGCCAAUCCCUGUGCGAGUGGAUGGUGGCCAAUGGUGCUGGAUGCGUGUGCUUGACAAGUCGCCGUCCCAACGUCGACCAAGCGUGGCUCGAUGGAUUUCGUGGGCCAGCAGCCAGCGUCAAGGUCAUGGCCGCAGACAUUACAGACAAGCUAAGCUUGGAAAACGUCAUUAGCACUAUCCGAGAAACUUGCCCGCCCAUUGCAGGUAUUGUCAACGGCGCCAACGUGUUGAGUGAUGCGCCGUUUAGCAGCAUGUCGGUAGAAAUGAUGCGGCAAGCGCUGGGCCCGAAGAUUGACGGGUCCCUACACUUGGACCAGGCGUUUUACAAUGAUGACCUCGACUUUUUCAUCAUGCUGUCUUCCAUCUCAUGUGUCAUUGGCACCGCAGGCCAGUCCAACUAUGUCGCCGCCAACGGCUUCAUGAAUGGUCUGGCAAGGCAAAGACGCCGACGCGGCCUGGCAGCCUCUGCCUUUGACAUUGGUCUGAUCUUGGGCAUCGGCCUCGCUGAAAUCGCGGGACAGGGCGUUGUCGACUCGCUGCAAAAGUAUGGCAUCACACCACUCUCCGAGCCUGAUCUGCGCCUUGCAUUUGCAGAGAGCAUCUACACCGGCUACGCGAGGCCUGAAGACGAUGCACAUGCAAACGCGGUGCCGUCCGCCGUCAUGACAACCGGCCUGCGCACCAUUACUUCAGAAGAGACCAACAUUGUUUGGUACAAUGAUCCGAUAUUUUCUCACCUCAUUCUGGAGACCAAGGCUGCUGAUGGCGCAGAUCAAAGCAAGAGCAAGGCUGUUGUGCUGCCCAUUAAGGAGCAGAUUGCGAAUGCCGCCACCGGAGACGAUGCGUUCCUGGCGUUAAAAGAAUCUUUUGCAGCCAAGCUCGGCAUGCUCCUUCAGAGCGCGGGCCAGGCCAUUGCGCACGACACGCCGCUCGUGGAACUUGGCGUCGACUCUCUUGUCGCAGUCGAAGUGCGUUCCUGGUUCCUCAAGGCUCUGAAAGUCGACGUGCCCGUUUUGAAAGUCGUCGGCGGCUCGUCUCUGCACGACAUUUGCCAACUCGCCAUGAAGAAGCUGCCUGAGGACCUGCUUGCCCAGAUAGGAAAUGCCCAAUCGGGAAAUGCCUCUUUGGGAAGGGGCCCGAGCGUUCCCCGGAUUUCGGCCCCCACGCCGAACAAGCUGACGGCAAAUCCCACUGGUACGGCCCUGCCUCCUCGCCAGACGCAGCGGGAGAGUCGUUCGUCGUCUGGUUCUAGCUCCAGCUCUUCAUCCACAUCUGCCAAGUCGAGCGCAGGCAUCCAGACUCCAACUUCGCCCGUGGAAACGCCUGCUGAAACGCCCGCGUCAACAGUCAAGGGCGUGUCUCUGCAAUCGCAUGCACACCUGAAAACAAACAAGUCUAGCGCCCCCCUGGCCAAUGUCACAUCGUCUAGAGCAUUUGUUAAAACGGAACCCAUCUCCGUGGGACAGGCGCGCUUCUGGUUCCUACGCCUCUUGGUCGAGGAUCCCACCACGUUCAACGUAGCCCUACGCUUCCGCAUGCAAGGCACGGUGCGCGUCGGCGAUCUCGAGCGAGCCCUCCGCCUUGUCACUGCAAGACAUGACUCGCUGCGCACCUGUUUUGUCGGAGACGUUGACGAGGCCGAUCAAGCUACUCAGAGGGUCCUGGCUCGCUCCCAGAUUAAGCUGGAGCGCGUCUCUGUCAGCUCAGAGCAAGAAGCGGUGACGCAGUAUGAAAAGCUGCUGGCGCACGAAUUUGACUUGGCUAUUGGCCCUCUGCUGCGCCUUGUGCUCGUUACACAAUCUCCAACCUGCCACUACCUGUUGGUCAACUAUCACCACAUCAUCAUGGACAUGGCCAGUUUUCAGGUCUUGACAUCGGAACUCGAAAAUGCCUACAACGGCCAGCCUCUGGGUCCGCCACCGCGACAGUACCCCGACUUUUCGGCAGCGCAGCACCGGGCCCUGGAAAGCGGAGUCUUGGACGAUGAACUCAAGUUCUGGCAGGGUGUCUUCCCUGCUGGCCAGCAGCCGCCCGUGUUGUCGCUGCUUCCCAUGGCUCGAUCAAGUUCUCGAGUGGCACUCACAAACUACGGCAUUCACCAGGUAGGCAUCCGACUUGAUCCCGCUGUGGUAGCUCGCGUCAAGGCUGUAUCAAAGGCGCAGCGAGCAACACCUUUCCACUUUUACUUGGCUGCGUUCAAAGCAAUGCUUUUCUCCUUCGUAGAGGACCGGGAGCUCACCAUUGGCAUUGCCGAUGCCAACCGUCACGACAGCGAUGUCCUGGGCAGCAUUGGUUUCUUCCUCAACUUGCUCACCCUUCGCUUCCGCCGCCAACCGCAGCAAGUCUUUAGUGAUGCCAUUGUAGAAGCACAAAAGACUGCAUAUGCAGCACUAGAGCAUUCGCGCUUACCGUUUGAUGUUCUCUUGAAAGAACUUGGUGUUGCACGGUCGCCGGCGUACAGCCCAUUUUUCCAGACAUUCUUUGAUUAUCGACAGCAGACUAGCGACAAGGAGCGCUGGCUCAAUUGUUCAUUUGACCUGGUUUUUUUUUUCUUUUUUAUUACGGCAUACGAUAUUUCUCUCGACGUGGCGGACCUCGGAUCCCAAGUCCACGUUACGCUCCGCGCGCAGCAGCAGCUCUACGACUUGACUGCUGUCAACUUGCUCCUGGAGACGUAUACGCACUUUGUCACAACUCUUUCCCAAGACGUGUCCCUAACCUUAGAGGCCACGCCACCAUUCAGCGAGAAGCAGCUGGCGCGCGCCGUGCAAGUGGGCGUUGGCCCUGACAUGACGUCGAGCUGGCCAGCCACUCUGCCUCAUCGUAUUGACCAAGUCGCGCAUCAGAACCCUGACGAGAUUGCACUGGCCGAUGGACUUGGCAGCCGACUAACGUACAGGGCAAUGAUACAGCGGAUCGAGGCCAUCGCCGAAGCACUGCUGCAGCGUACGAAGAAAGAAGCAGGAGCCGUAGCAGGUCCUGGCUCUCGCGUGCUCGUCUUCCAGCAAGCGUCCACGGACUGGAUCUGCUCUUUGCUCGCUAUUAUGCGCAUCGGAUGGGUCUAUGUGCCGCUUGACCUGCGCAACCCCAUCUCCCGCCUCGCUGCCCAGUCUCACCACUGCCAGCCCGUUGCUGUUCUUGCGGAUACCACAACGGCGACUGACGCACCGCAGCUUCAUGCUUCUUCUGUUGUUAUUGACGUGUCCCGAGUAGGUACAAACCCCACUACUCCCGUUGCGAACACGGCCGAUCCCGAUUCGCCCGCGGCUAUUCUGUACACGAGCGGCUCUACAGGCACACCCAAGGGUAUCAUGAUUCGACACGCGGGCAUGCAGAACCAAAUGGAGGGCUACACCAAGACGUACAAGCUUGGUGCCGAACGUGUCCUACAGCAGAGUGCCUUUACCUUUGACUUUUCCAUCGACCAAAUCUUUACAGCACUUGUCAAUGGCGGUAUGCUCUACAUUGUUCCCUCAAGCAAGCGUGGUGAUCCGCUCUCCAUUACGGAAAUCAUGCGCGAACAGGCCAUCACGUACACCAAGGUCACGCCCUCGGAGUACUCUAUGUGGAUGCAGUAUGGCAGCGAUAAUCUCCGCCACGCGUCUGACUGGCGGUUUGCCUUUGGCGGUGGUGAGCCUCUUACGCACAACAUCUUGAGGCAGUUUGCGGAUCUUGGGCUGCCCAACCUCGCCCUACACAACUCGUACGGACCUGCUGAGAUUUCCAUUGCCUCACAUAAAGGCUUAGUGGAUUACAUGGCUAUUACCACUGGUAGCAGUAGCAAUACCUCUCGAGACAGCGGGCAAGUCCCGUGUGGCACUUCGCUGCCCAACUAUGCCACGUAUAUCAUGGACAAGGACUUAAACCCGCUACCUGCUGGCAUGCCUGGCGAGGUUGUUAUUGGUGGUCCUGGCGUGUCCUUGGGGUAUCUAGCGAACAAGGACCUCACACAGCGGGUCUACGUCCCCAAUCCACACGCCACGCCUAGACAGCGUGCCAACGGCUGGACACAAAUGCAUCGUACAGGCGACGUGGGACGCCUGCAAGACGAUGGAACGUUGAUUUUCCACAACCGCAUUGCUGGUGAUACGCAAGUCAAACUGCGCGGACUUCGAAUCGAUCUACAGGACAUAGAAAGCAACAUCAUCGCGACAGCAGGCGGCGUUCUUAAGGAGGCAGUUGUGACACUGCGGGACGGUGACCCUGAUUACCUUGUUGUGCACGUCGUCUUUGCGUCACAGCACAACAAGACAAUGACUGAGAACCAGCAGCACACAUUCUUGGAGCAUUUACUAGGCCGCCUUCCUAUCCCCCAGUACAUGAUUCCCGUGCUGGCUGUACCUCUGGACAAGCUGCCGCUCAGUAGCCACUCCAAGGUGGACCGUAAAGCCAUUAAGAACUUGGACUUGCCUGCUAGACUUGUCAACGAUACUGCAGACAAGGACAACGAUAACGCCUAUGACGGGGAGGAACUGCGCGAAACAAUGAACCGCCUGAGGCAGCUAUGGCACGAGGUUCUCCCCAACAUCGAGAAGCUCGGGCUUGCCGUGACGCCCGCCACAAGCUUCUUUCUCAUCGGCGGCAACUCGCUGCUGAUUGUGCGUCUACAGGCCAAGAUCCGCCGCGUCUUCAACGUUGUAGUUCGUCUCGCUGACCUGCUUGGCGCGCACACCUUGCGCGGCAUGGCACACAAGAUUGAGGAGAGCUCCGGUGUCGACAUGAUUGACUGGUCUCUCGAGACUAUGCCGCCGCUCAUGCCCAGGUUCCUCAAAGACUUGCCUCCCAAGCAAGAGUCGCAAGCCAAGACGGUGCUGCUCACAGGAGCCACGGGCAACAUGGCCAAGCACGUGCUGCCGCUUCUGCUUGCCGACGACCGCGUCUGCAAAGUGCACUGCGUUGUGCGCGACAAGCCCGAGCGCGGAGAACAUUUUAUUCAUCCUAAGGUGGUUCAUCACUUUGGCGACUUGACGCUGCAUAUUCUUGGUCUGGGCGUGGAUGAGUUCCGCGACCUCGCCGAGCACGUGGAUGUUAUUUUGCACAUGGGCGCUGUCCGCUCGUUCUGGGACAACUAUCAUAUGCUCCGCACUGCCAACGUCCACCCAGCCAAAGAGCUGGUCAAGUUGGCUGCGGCAAGAAAGAUCCCUAUCCACUUCAUCUCGACGUCUGGUGUUCUCCCGCGAGACGUUCUGAAGACGGGCGAAGCAUCGUCGGCUGCUACGUACGAGCCUAGCGUCGACGGAUCCAACGGCUAUAUUGCAUCCAAAUGGGCGAGCGAGGCUCUUUUGGAACAUGCUGCCGCGGGGCCUCUGGCCGUGCCCUCUUACAUCUACCGCAUGCUCCCGGCCGUGGCACAGACACAGGGACAGACGGAUGGCGCGAAGCGACGCGUUAUCGACGAGUUUCUUCGCUGCAUUGACCUUGCCAAGGCCGCGCCGGACACCACUGGAUGGAAAGGCCGCAUCGACUUGAUCCCUGCCAAUUUGGUAGCGGAAUGGCUAUGCGGCUCUGUUCUUGCGUCUGUAUCGGAAUCUAAUGCUGGCAAGGACGCUACAGCGCAGUUCUUGCACUAUGAGAGUCCUAUCUCGGUGGACGUGGAAGAGUUGACAGCGCUUAUAGAGCAAAGGAAGUCGGAUGCUUCUCUCGAAAGGCUGCCGAUUCUUAAAUGGAUGGGCCGAAUCAAGGCCCUUGGCUUCUCCUACAUCCUAGCAUCACAGGAUGCAACUGUCGAGAGCGAGACAGGGGAUACCAAGCUCGCAUCACGAAGAUGAAGACGAAGAGUAUAUUUAAAAACGAAAGAGUGAAAGAGCUAAGGGGGGUACUAUAUUAGAUUGUUCAUAUUUGGUUUUGGAUUUAAUGA